ACGAACAACCUAUCCUAUGCAGAUGUCGCCCGCACCCCUCCAACCAGUCAGCCAAGCAACAUACGGACUCUCUCAUCGUUUAACACGACACCGACCACCUUCACCGAUACGUUAUAUUGCACGAUAGAUACCUCGAAUGUGGCCGACGAUGGUAGCGAGAAAAUGUCCGCAGGCCCAAUUAGGGCAGCAGUGGAGAAAGAGAUCCGGACAAUGGAAAACCACACUAACUGGCGCUGUCGUGCGGUUACGGUGGACCCGAAGAACACCAACCGGAUCCGAAUUGCUUGCCGAGAUGAACCCGAACGCCAGCUAGUUAAGAAAGUCACAGAAGCAACAAUUGGCGCAGGAGCCCGAGUGCUCCGCGACGACCUCUACCCAAUCAAAGUUGACAGUGUCAAGAAAGCAGCCGUGCUAGAUGAACAAGGCGAGAUCAGAGCAGGAGCCGCGGCAGCCUUCAGCGAGGAGAAUGAAACCACCGUUGCCAAGAUCGCAUGGCUCAGCAGAAAGGAAGGUGCAAAGGCCUAUGGGUCAAUGGUGGUGUACCUGACCAAAGGCACCGAUGCACGAAGGCUCCUGGCCGAGGGGUUCUUCCACGCUGGGGGAGAAUCUGGCGUAACCAGCGCCUUUGAACAUCGGCCGCGACCGACACAAUGCUACAACUGCCAAGAGAUCGGACAUAAGGCAUUCCAAUGCAAGAACACCCAGAAGUGCGCGAAAUGCGCCAAGGAAGGCCACCGCCACAGCAUCUGCAACGAGACGGUCCUUAACUGUAUCCAGUGCAACAUGAAUAAAACACUCCGAAUAAUUCAGCUAAAUGUAAGGAAACAGGGAGCAGUGCAUGACAGCCUAAUGAACGACAAAGAAAUUCAGGACGCAGCGGCAAUAGCAAUCCAAGAACCCCAAGCGAGAAGAAUUAACGGCCGACUAUUGACAACUCCAAUGGGACAUCAAAAAUGGACAAAGAUGGUCCCCUCCACAUGGAGGGAAGGUAGAUGGGCAAUCCGGAGCAUGCUGUGGGUGAGGAAGGACGUGGAAGCGGAGCAAGUGCCGAUAGGAUCCCCGGAUCUGACAGCGGCGGUCGUCCGGCUUCCCGAACGAUUGAUUUUUAUGGCAUCAGUCUAUGUGGAAGGGGGAGAUGCCCAAGCCUUGCGUGACACGUACAGCAGCUUACGCAAGGCAAUCACCAAGGUAAGGCAAGAUACGGGCGCAGUGGUGGAAGUUCUGAUCGUGGGAGACUUCAACCGACAUGACCAACUUUGGGGUGGCGACGACGUGUCUUUGGAGAGACAGGGCGAAGCGGAUCCAAUCAUUGACCUUAUGAGUGAAUUUGCUCUCAGCAGUCUACUGAAACGAGGCACAAAGACAUGGCAGGGGGGAGGACAGGGUGGAGACUACGAGUCAACUAUCGACCUCGUCCUUGCCUCGGAGAAUCUGACGGGUUCCACGGUCAAGUGUGCAGUACAUGGAACAGAGCACGGCUCCGACCACCGCGCAAUCGAGACCGUGUUUGACGUUCCGGUUCCGGUUGCCAAACAGCAGGAGCGACUGCUGCUCAAAAACGCGCCAUGGAAGGAGAUUAAUGCCAGAAUUACCACAAGCCUGGACAGCACGCCGUCGGACGGCACGGUACAGCAGAGAACCGACCGACUAAUGUCUGUGGUGCUGGAGGCAGUGCGUACCUUGACGCCAAAGGCCAGACCGUCGCCAUACGCAAAGAGAUGGUGGACAACGGACUUGACACAACUCCGCUAUAUCUACACAUACUGGAGAAAUCAC